CCGAAAACGUGCUAUGUUGUGACUGAAUGGGACAUCGUCCGUUGAAACAGCUCCAGUUUCGACUGGAACACAUGUUUAGACAGGCAGGCUGUGUCAUUUACUAAACUUCUCAUGGCUUUUACAUUGCAGUGGCCGCAGCUCUAAAGACUCGGAACGCCACCUGUUAGCCUCAACUGUUAAGCUAACGGCUAAUAAAGCCGAGGGGGAGUAACCAAAACAAGAAGGUAGCCCGCUGCUGGUAAACUGAAAUACAACGUUUUGACUUGUACGAAAGCUGCUAACAUGUCGGCCGUGGCAAACGACUCGAGGAAACGGAGCAAGAAGCGGUACGUGGCCGGCCACCACAACAAGCGGUGGAAGGGCUCCCGGGAGCUGGAGGUGGGCAUGCAGGGUAUUCUCAUCACAUGCAACAUGAACGAGAGGAAGUGCACAGCGGAGGCCUUCAAUCUGCUCAAUGAAUACGCCGACAAGCUGUUUGGGCCUGAGAAGUUGCAAGAUCAUAACGGGAGCAGCAGUGAAGAAGAGGAGGCUGAUGAGGAAGAUGUUGACGUAGCGCUGAAGAAGGAAGUGGCACAGCUGCAGGCAUCUGGAGCUAAACAGGAGAGGCGCUUCCAGGCUUUGGAGAGUGGAGCAAACAAUGUCAUCUUCAUCAAAACUCAAAAUCUGGAAUCUGACAAGCUGGUUCAUCACAUCCUGUCUGAUCUCCACACCACCAAGAAGAAAAAGUCGCGUGUGAUCCUUCGGAUGCUUCCAGUAACCGGAACAUGCAAGGCCUUCCAGGAUGACAUGGUGAAGUACCUCACCACUUUCCUGGAGCCUUGGUUCAAAACCCCAAACUGUGCUACCUACCAGAUCGCCUUCAAGGCCCGCAACAGCAGCCACAACAAGAGAGACGAGAUCAUCAAAUCAAUUGCAGGUCUAGUGGGGAAGCUGAACCCGAAGAACAAGGUCGAUUUGACCAACCCAGAACUGACAAUCAUUGUGGAGGUCAUCAAGGCUGUGUGUUGCAUCAGUGUGGUAAAAGACUAUACGCUGUAUAGAAAGUAUAAUGUCCAGGAAGUAGUGAAAGAAGACACACCAAAGCCCGACGUGACCACAGGAAAAACAGAUGUGAAUGCAGCUGAACCGAAGGAGAAACACGAUACAGAGGAGACAAAGAACGAAGAGACGAAGGGCGAAGAAGACAGUGACAAAAGUGUGCCGCAGGACAAGGAGGUUGAUAAGGGUGAAGGCGAUGGCGAGUAAGAGCUCAUGUUUAGAGAAACUGAUUGUCAGUUGGAGCGUUAGAUUUUAAAUUUCUUUCAAAAGAAACAUCUCAAGUUGCUUUAUAUUGUAGUGCUUUUGUUUUAAAUAGAGGGUCCACAUACUCAAGGAAAUAAUGAGGUUAGUCAAACAGAAUCCAAAUAGAAUUUAAUGUCUUUUUUUUAAUUCAUUGGUUCCAACUUCACUGAGAUGUCCGUUUUAAAUAGCGGUGAAUUUGAAUUAACUGCACACGCCUCCGCUCUGCAGCUUAACUUUGCCGUCAGCUGACAGUUUUUUAAUGCUGAAUUUGAUUUUUUUUUUAUUUUAGUGUCAUUUUAUUUUUGACUUUUUUUUACUCCAAAGAAAAUAGUUUUGUUCAGGUUAGCUGGUGCGUCACGUUUUUUGUAACUGUUAUUUCUUAAAGCAGUCCCUGGAUUAAAGCUACCUGUGUGUUUGACUGGUUUUGCCAAAUAUCCUUUACUCAUUUUAUGGUACUCUAUACUUGAGGAAAAGACAGAAAGGUCAAAGCUAUUUAAACUUAAAAAAUCUGCUACUUCACACCUGCAGGAUGUCAAUGAUCCAACAUUUCAUAUCAUGUGCUGAAAUAUCCUGUUUGACAUUGUAUUUUGCGUAACACCACCGUCAUUGAGCUGGUAGUUCUUCUUUGUGCCACAAGAUGGCGUUAAUCCCUCAUUUUGUAGAGACGUGGAUGUGAGUGUGUGACAGGUGUACUGUGGUCGUUGUUCAUGGAUGACUCAUUUAUUAAAAUUUUUGAUACAGUUCACACUAAUGUUCUUUCCUACAGCACCUUCUGGUAAAAAUAGCUGCUUUAGGUCAUUUUCUAACUGUCUUGCAGUGGUUUGUAAUGAACAAUAGACUUUCAUAUCAGUUUAGAAAGACUACACACCUCAUACAUGGUUUAUUAUUCAAUGUAUGUAUUUGACAGCAGAAAAGUGAUAAACUACGGCAACCUGUGAUGCUAAAAAACUGCAUUGGUUUUGAGUGAGUUGG